AAUGCUAACACAGUGUGGAAUACUCUCGGUCAUCCUGGGACUGAUUUAUAUAUCAGCAGGGAGCGAAGCACCAGAUGUUUCUCCCAAAUUUGUGAAUAUAGCACCCGCUAGCCAGGUUCUUUUAGGCAAUACCCUGUAUUUUAUUGAGAAUAAAGUACCAAUGCAUUGGUUUGGAGCCCGUAAAUUCUGCGAAGGAAUGGGUUACAACUUGAUAUCACUGGAUACUACAGAAAAAGUCGAAGCCAUCAAAACUUACCUGGACAGUCAAAGAGAUAAAAACAUUUACUGGACUUCUGGAAACGAUUUACUUACUCCAGAUCACGUUUGGUUCCCAAGUGGGAAGCCAGUUGCAUCAGAGCUUUGGCAUCCCAAUGAGCCCAACAAUUAUGGUGGAAUAGAACAUUGUGACAACUUUGGACAUGGUCCUUCUCGUCUGAUGAACGAUUUAGAUUGCACACAUAAACAGAACUACAUUUGUGAACGCACAUUGAAGUAAAGCAACAAUUUCACUAAUAAUAAUAAUCACAAUUACUAACAAAUAAAGUAUAUUGAU